AUUAAGAUAGACAGCUAACUCAGAUUCACUGUUCUUUUUGUUGUCAUUUUGACUUCAAUAUAUAUAUAUAUAUAUAUAUAUAUAUAUAUAUAUACAUAUAUAUAUAUAUAUAUAUAUGACACAAAUGUGUAUAUGGAAGUGGGCGAAGAAGAUGAGAAAUAUUUGAUAGCAAAAGAAAAGAUCAGAGAAGAAGUUAUAAGACUCAGAAAUUGGAGAUCAUGGGUCCCAAUUAUUUGAGUGAAUUAUUGCCAAAUAAUUGUGAGGUUAUUGGUGAAUAUCACACCUUCUUAAAUCUCUCUUCUCCAUCUAAUUCUUCCAAUAUUGGUCGAGACGAUGGUGGCAACGACAACGAAGACGAAGAUAUGGCGAAUUGUCUAAUCCUUCUUGCUCAAGGUGAACCUGCAGCUUCUCAACCAUCUUCUUUUUCCUUGGGAAAAUUCAUCGGAGACCCGGAAGGGCAAAAUGGUGCGAGCAAGGCAGCCGAUUGUUGUGCCUACAAAUGCAAAACCUGCCGCCGAACAUUCCCAUCGUUUCAAGCCCUCGGUGGCCACCGGUCGAGCCACACCCACAAGAACACCGCCAUUACCGCCACCGCCCUCGACCAUAAACCCAUCUCCAGUACAUCGCCGGCCAAUAAACAGCACGAACAACGAUUCAAUUACAACAACAACGUUUCAAACCAAUUGGAUCAGGUUCGUAUGAGCCGAAGCGAUUAUUACAACAAUUUCAAAUCCUCCAAUAAUUAUAGAAUUAAGGUCCAUGAGUGCUCUGUUUGUGGCGCCGAUUUCAUUUCCGGCCAAGCCCUCGGCGGUCACAUGAGACGCCACCGCCGUGGCUGCGGUGGAACUUCGAGAGAUUCUAGUGAGAUUGACCGUCGUUGUUCUAAAAAGCAGAGAAGUAAUUUGUUGUGUUUGGAUUUGAAUCUCAAUCUUCCGGCACCUGAAAAUGAUAAAAGAGAGAACUUGGGUGUUGCAAUGGGUGCCACGAAUUUGGUGGACUGCCAUUACUGAGAACAUUGAGCAUUUUUGCAUAUUGAAUGUAUGAUUUCUAAAUGAAAAAUAUUAUGUGUAUUUGAUAUAUUUAUAAUUCCAAACCUGAUCGAAAAGCAUACAAGUAGAUACAAUCCCAAAACUGUGUCUAGCGAAACCAGUUAAGAAUUACGUACAAAUUGAACUUAAAAAUCGAUCCAUUCAAACUAAUAAA